AUGCCCAAGGACAAUCAUGCCCAGGUGACCGAGUUCAUUUCCUUGGGCUUCACAGACAAUCCCGACCUAGAAAUCGCCCCUUUUGUGGUGUUUUUUCUCAUCUACAUGGCCAGUGUGGUGAGAAAUGUGGGCAUGAUCCUCCUGAUCAGCACUGAUAAGCAACUCCACACACCCAUGUAUUUUUUCCUGUGCCGCCUCUGCAUAGUUGAGGUUGGCCCACGCAUGCUGGCUGACGUCCUAUGCACACGCAAGGCCAUCUCCUUCACCAGCUGUGCCACGCAGUUUGCAUUCUCCGUGGUCUUUGUGGACACUGAAUGCUACAUCCUGGUGGCCAUGGCGUAUGACUGCUACGUGGCCCUCUGUCGUCCUCUCCAUUGCACCACCAUCAUGUCGAAGCAGGUCUGCCUGGUAUUGGCUAUGGGUUCCUACAUGGCAGGCCUUCUCAGCUUGGUGUUCCAUACCAGCCUGACUUUCAGCUUAGAUUUCUGUGGCUCCAGCAUCAUCAAUGACUUCUUCUGUGAGAUUCUUCCACUCCUGGAAUUGUCUUGCCUUGACACCUAUGUGAGCGAGAUCCUCCUUUUCAGCUUGUGUGGAUUCAUUGAAUUCAGCACCAUCUUCGUCAUCUUUAUCUCUUACCUCUUCAUUUUUGGCACCAUCCGUUCUGUGGAGGGCCGUCAUAAAGCCUUCUCCAUCUGUGCUUCCCAUCUCACCAGUGUCACGCUCUUCUAUGGGACAGUGAUGUUUAUGUACCUGAGGCCCAUAUCAAGCUGCUCCUUAGAUCAGGACAAAUGGGCCUCAGUGCUCUACACCAUUGCAAUCCCUGUGUUGAACCCUCUAAUCUACAGCCUGAGAAACCAGGAGGGGAAGGAAGCUUUGAGAAGAGUCAUAGGCAAGGAAGUUUUAUCCCAGAGCGUGUUACAUUCAAACAGUUGUGGGGAGGAAUCAGCUAUAUGCCUUAUAUUCUGA